GAUGACUCUUUAUGCCAGUCCCGGGCAAAACACCUAAAUAACGCGAAGCCGCGAACUCCACAUUCCACAUCUUUCACUCUUCGCUCCACCGCCCAAAACUCGAUCGGAGGGAAACCAAAACAGCUCACCUUCUCCUUCUUCUACCUAACAAAAAAUGUUGUUCUUCUCCUACUUCAAGGAGUUGGUGGGCCGAGAAGUCACUGUGGAGCUCAAGAACGACCUUGCGAUUAGGGGCACACUUCACUCCGUCGAUCAGUAUCUCAACAUAAAGCUUGAGAACACUAGGGUUGUUGACCAGGACAAGUACCCCCACAUGCUUUCAGUGAGGAACUGUUUUAUCAGGGGGUCAGUUGUGAGAUAUGUUCAACUACCUCCAGAGGGAGUUGAUGUUGAACUGCUGCACGAUGCCACCAGAAGGGAAGCUCGGGGUGGUUGAAAUUCAUUUCAGUUUAGAUGCUGGUGAGAUAGGCCUGUUUGAGCACUGAGUGUCGUUGAUUUUGCUACAUGUCUAUUUUCAUUCCAAUACCUUCUGUAUUGUUAAAGAAGGCGUCUCCUAUUAGACAAUAGCAGUGUAGCCCUGUGAUAACUAUGAAUCAUUUUGAACUUGGUGCAAGUUUUUAUACAUUUGAUGAAAUGUGGUACAUGUUUUAAGAUCCAUGAAAAUGGGACAGCAGGAACCCCGGCUGCAGCAAAAGUGGAUGUUCCAUGUGAUUGUCAUGCACGCUAACUUGUUUGUAAUUUUCUUUCCUCGCUUUGUUCU